CUGAGCUAUCUGACCGAAGUUCCGCGUUAUUAUAAAAUAGUAGACUAAACAGUAACAUUUCAGGCCCCUGCGUGGAUAACCACCCAUCCAUGCAGUGCCUGUCUAUGCACACCGCAUCACUUUGAGCCCCGAGGAAGAUCGGAAAAGCAGAGCCAGUGCGGCGCUUGUCUCCGAAAUGGCGAAAGAAGGAGCACACAUGACAGAGGAAACCGAGUUCAUGAUAAAUAAAAACGUGUGCAAAGAGAACGUGGAAUCGUCCAGCGAUGCCAAAGAAAUGCGAGCGGUGAUAUUGUCAGGUUUUGGAGGUCUGAACAAACUCCGUGUAACCAAGAAGGCAAUGCCCGAGCUGCAGAAGGGAGAAGUAAAGAUCCGCGUCAAAGCAUGUGGCUUGAAUUUUUUGGAUCUGAUGGUACGUCAGGGGACGAUUGAUAAUCCUCCAAAACCCCCUCUUGUCCCGGGGUUUGAAUGUUGUGGAAUAGUGGAAUCAGUGGCUGAAAACACAACAGGUUUUGAGAUAGGCGACAGAGUUAUGGCUUUUGUGAAUUACAGUGCCUGGGCAGAGGUUGUUUGUACACCAGUGGAUUUUGUCUACAAGAUGCCAGAUGAGAUGAGUUUUGCAGAAGCUGCUGCUUUCUCCCUGAACUUUGUGACUGCCUACAUGAUGCUCUUUGAGGUGGCCAAUUUGAGAGAGGGGAUGUCAGUGUUGGUUCAUUCGGCAGGAGGUGCUGUAGGACAAGCUGUGGCUCAGCUGUGCUCCACCGUACCUCAUGUCACUGUGUUUGGGAUCGCAUCAACUUCCAAACAUGCAGCCAUCAAAGACUCGAUGACCCACCUCUUUGACAAAAACGUGGAUUAUACGCAAGAAAUCAAAAAAAUAUCUCCUGAGGGAGUGGACAUUGUGUUAGACAGUCUGUGUGGGGAAAACACUGGGAAAGGCCUGAGUUUGCUGAGGCCUUUGGGAACUUACAUCCUGUAUGGCGCGUCAAACAUGGUAACUGGGGAAACAAAGAGUUUCUUCAGCUUUGCAAAAUCCUGGUGGCAGGUGGAGAAGGUGAACCCUAUUAAACUGUACGAGGAGAACAAAGUUAUGGCAGGGUUUUCGCUCCUCAACCUGCUCUUCAAGAAUGGAAAAUGUAGUCUCGUGAAAUCGGUGAUGGACAAGCUCUUAUGUCUCUAUAAACAAAAGAAGAUAAGGCCUGUAGUGGACUCCCUGUGGGCGCUGGAGGAGGUGAAAGAGGCCAUGCAGAGAAUCCACGACAGGGUCAAUAUAGGAAAACUCAUUCUGGAUUUUGAGAAGACUCCCAUUCCUCUGAUGGCCAACGACAGCACAGAGACCAGUGAAGCAGGAGAGGAAGAAGAGGAGCCCGAAGGAGACAAUGACAGCAAGGAACGAAUGCCUUUCAUCCACUAAACCCGACCCUGCAACACACAGAUAGACUUCAGUGAUUCACCACAGGGGAACACAGCCACACAAGUGUAUAUGUGUGUGUGUGUGUGUGUGUGUGUGUGUGUAUGUGUGUGAACGCAGGUAUGCAUGUGUGUACAGAAUAUGUCUGUGCCUCUUGUCAGUGUUUGUUGUCAGUUAAUGAUGCAAGAUUUCCAAGUGCCACUCCCAAACUAGUAGAAUUGUAACAUUCUUUACACAUGAAGGUAUGUUAUGCUAGCUAUUGACAACAAUAAUUUUUUUUCCAUAUUACUGUUGAUGUUCUGCCAACUAAGAUUUAAUUACCAUUUAAAGCUGUCGAUCUGCUCUUAACAGAUCUCGGAUGAACAGAUUUAGUCAAACAUAUCACAUCUUUCUUCAAUAAUUGAUUCACAAAGUGAUCCAAUUGUUGUAGUGCUCCUGAACAAUGGAGUGAAUCACUUUGUCUUGUUACAGUAGUUAUGCAAAAGCCUGCAGAGAAAAAAAAAAAAGACAAAAUUAAUGUUAGUGUAGUUAUUUGCAUGGUAUUUCAUCUUGAGGUUCUUAUCGUAUAUUAAUAUGGGAUCCCCAGUGCCUUUGAGCUGACAACAUGUGUUUGAUACUUGAACUGCUUUCCUUGUCUGAAGUUUACAUCGUACAAACCAACAGAAACUGUAUUUUGAACUGGAGUGUGAUGAAAACUAUUUAAGAUGCUUUCUUGCCUGUUUACAGAGUUUGUACUUCGGUGAAUUCAAAGUGCCGCCAGAGCUCUCUUUAUGAAUACUGAAGACCUGUUUCCCCUCUUUGCACUCUGAAUUUUAACAUAAAUACAAUAUAUACCAGAGAAGCAUUUAUCUUCAGGCCAACAAAAUCUCAGUUUUGUAAAUGGUGGGAUAAACAGAGUUGUAUUAGGUCAAAUGUAUACCUCUCAAAAUCCUGCUUAAUGCAUGUAAAUAAAAGAGAACAUCGGUUACAUCAGUAGACUGCUGAUAUUUUUAGAAAAUUAAAUGGUCAGUCAGAUGCAGUCGGAGGUUUGAGGACUCUCUGCAUUGCUUGUCUGAUAAAAAAUUGCUUACUUGCUGGUGCCUCACAGCAGAAGUGCCAAAAAGCUCCAUGAUAAAACAAUUCUUGAUAAGCUGGAGUAUGAAGGCAGGGUGAUUUAGAUCUGUGUGUUACUGUGAGUAUUAUUCUCUGCUUUAGAACAUCUGCAAGUUCUUCAUGAAGUGCACACUGCAUCACCUUCUACAGAUGACUCACCUGUUCUUAUUCUGUCAUU